AUUAAUUCCCAACAAACCCCCUCCACCUUCUGCUCUUUCAUAUUUGUCUUUUCUUCUCAAUUUGUGUCUUCUCUCUCGCCCACUUGCUCAAUCUUUCAGAUUGGGUUGGACACUCCGCGGAUUGAGGCUACUUUGGGUGCGGUGACGGUGUUGUGAUCUUGUCGUUCUAGCGUUUAUCCACUCAUCUGUCGAUAUUCUCAACGGAGAUACACAUAAAGAACGAUUAAGGGAUUUAUAACAAAGAGUUUGGGACAAAUUGGUUGCAUGGAUUAUCUGAAUUCAGUGUUUUUGCAAUCCACAAGAGAAGUCCAUGCUGGUGAUGCACUAGUUAGUGGUGGCGGCAUCAGUGAGAAUGGAAAGUUCAGCUAUGGAUAUGCGAGCUCUCCAGGAAAAAGGUCUUCAAUGGAGGAUUUCUAUGAGACAAGGAUUGAUGGCGUAGAUGGAGAAGUGGUUGGUCUCUUUGGUGUCUUUGAUGGUCAUGGUGGAGCUCGAGCUGCAGAAUAUGUCAAACAAAAUCUUUUCAGUAACCUUAUCGGACACCCAAAGUUUAUAUCUGAUACUAAAUCAGCCAUAGCUGAUGCGUACAACCGUACUGACUCAGAAUUCUUGAAAUCUGAAGACAGCCAGAAUAGGGAUGCCGGGUCUACUGCUUCCACUGCUAUACUUGUUGGUGACCGCUUGCUGGUGGCAAAUGUUGGAGAUUCAAGGGCUGUUAUUUGCCGGGGUGGUAAUGCUAUCGCAGUCUCUCGAGAUCACAAACCAGAUCAAAUAGAUGAAAGACAAAGAAUCGAAGAUGCUGGAGGUUUUGUGAUGUGGGCAGGAACUUGGAGGGUUGGGGGAGUGCUUGCAGUAUCUCGUGCCUUUGGUGAUAGACUUCUAAAACAGUUUGUGGUUGCUGAACCCGAUAUCCAGGAAGAAAAAGUCGAUGACACCCUUGAAUUUCUUAUCCUUGCAAGCGAUGGACUUUGGGAUGUAGUAAAAAAUGAGGAAGCCGUUUCUAUGACAAAGCCGAUCCAAAAUCCAGAAGAAGCAGCAAAAAGGCUGCUGCAGGAAGCAAAUCAGAGAGGCAGCGCAGAUAACAUAACCAUCGUUAUAGUCCGGUUUCUGGCAAACCAGGAGGAGGAGCCUUCAAAUGCUCGCUCUGGUUAGAAAGCGAGAGUCAUGGUCCGUCCGGUUAUUUAGGACGAAUUGCUGAACGACAAAAAUAGAAAAAGGUACUUUUUCCUUAACAAAAUUUAGAGUUACAGACAUACAUUAAUAUCUAUGUGUUGUUGACUUGAGUUGGAAACCUUGCAUGCACUUAAGUAACUGUUACUUGACAUUUCUGUACUGAAUGGUUUAUUAUAUAUAUGUAUGUAUGUAUUUGAAUUGUAAAAAAUCUGUGUUUGUUGUUUUCAGUUAUAAGGACAUAAAAUGAGUUUUGUGGGCUGCU